AUGGCUUCACGAUUCCCACGCUCCAACCUACACCAGCGCGACCCUCGUGCUUCUUCGUCCCUCUUCGACUCAUACGGUGGCAAUUCCCGUCCCGCCAGUAGAUCCCCGGGCAGCAUAGGUGGAUACGGGUAUGGAGGUUACACGCCCCCGGCCGGAGACGGCCCCGUGAAUGGCACCGCAAAGGGCGGAUAUCGGGCUGCGACCCCGAACGCCAAAGGCCAUUAUUCCGAUGCUGUUCUCUCCCAUCUGGAGUCUCAGAAUGACACCGAGGUCGAAGGUAUCAGUGCCAAGGUCAAGAUGCUGAAGGAUCUCACGAUCGCAAUCGGCGACGAGAUCCGAGAUACUUCAACCAUCUCGGACCUCAACAACACUUUUGAGAACACCCGCGUGCGUCUCCGCGGAAACAUGAACCGCAUGCUGCGGAUGGCGGAGCGCACUGGCGUUGGCUGGAAAGUGUGGCUCGCUUUCUUCUUCGCCGUCUUUCUGCUAUUCUUCUACGUGUGGCUGACAUGA